AUGAAAGAAUAUGACGACAAGCUUUCCUUUCAUGGUUUAAAAAGUUAUAACCAUGGUCUAUUUACAGAUCACCCCCUGACCGAUACUGAAAUGUACAGAUUCACUAGCAGAACAUUGAGACGUGCUCACCUAACACGCGCAAACUCUACUACAACUUCGGGACAGACUUUUGUGAGAAAGAGACCGACAGUGAGAGAUCUUAUGAAGACUCCAGUGUUCAAGUCUAUAUUCCUAACUUUGGUAUUUGGAACAGCAGUGGUAGACUUCAUGAAAAACAGAAAGGAGUUGGAGACCCUUGUGAAUGCACACAAUUCCAAAUUUGUCAUUUUGGAGGAAAUAAUAGAGAGAGUUAGUCGUAAUGAGCAUGUGGAUAUAGCAAGGGAGUUGAGAAUAGCCAAUACCUUGACGAGAAACAACUACAAUACCGUAACAGACAUAGAAUUGGAUGAACAGUUGGAGAACUUCUUGAAGAUGACAGAAGAAAGUGUUGAAGAAUCAGUAGUACAAAAGGAAGAUCCUCAAGUUGAACAUCAAGAAGUGGAAGACUCUGUUGUUCCAGUACCUAGACCUAUAGAAACCAAGAAGUUCUUGUAA